CUGGUUCUGAAGGGAGGUCACAGUGGUGUACCUCGGCCGCGGACUAUUCUUGAGGAUUACACCUCGUCAGAACCAACGCUUGGCACUUCUACAAGGUCCGAACCACUGCCACGAAAUCUACAGAGCAACGACUCCAGCGAGGAGACCGUACACCGAAGCAAUAUUACCGCGGACCCGAGUCCCUCCGAAGUUACCACCGAUAACGAAAAUAAGCACAAUUCGUCCGAGGAAGCCUGGACAGACGUAAACCUUAACGAGGAUGGCGACACGAUGCCAAUUACGAAUCCGAGAGAAGAUCCGCGUAAUAUCCACAAUAUCGCUCAUUCACGUGGCGACAUGCAAGACAGCGAAGGCAAUGUUCUGGAGCAGGAGAUGCUCGGUAACGCGGAACGCGGGGAGAAACCGUCCGCGGAGAUUUCGGUGGUGCGAGUGCCCGAUCGGCUGGUGGUGACGGCUGCAUCGCCCAGGGCCGACGAAUUGCCGAUCAAAGGUCUGGUCGAUCAUUUACCGGUACCGACGCCCUCGCGCGAAGCCUCUCUCACGCAAAAGCUGGAAAUGGCUUUGGGUUCGGUUUGUCCUCUUCUACGGGAAAUAAUGGUGGACUUUGCUCCCUUUCUAUCGAAAACACUCGUUGGCUCUCACGGUCAAGAAUUAUUAAUGGAAGGAAAAGGUACGAGCUGCAAGGGUUUGACGACGUUCAAGAACAGCAACUCCGUCGUGGAGCUGGUUAUGCUCCUCUGCUCCCAGGAAUGGCAAAACUCCCUGCAGAAGCACGCGGGUCUCGCUUUCAUCGAGCUCAUUAACGAGGGAAGGUUGCUAUCUCACGCGAUGAAGGAUCACAUAGUGCGAGUCGCAAACGAAGCGGAGUUCAUUUUGAACCGGAUGAGAGCGGACGACGUGCUGAAGCAUGCUGACUUUGAGUCUCAGUGCGCGCAGACGUUGCUGGACCGGCGGGAGGAGGAACGUAUGUGCGACCAUCUGAUCACCGCCGCACGAAGACGCGACAACGUGAUUGCCAGCAGACUGCUGGAGAAGGUCCGGAACAUCCUGUCCAACAAGCAUGGCGCCUGGGGAUACAUGGAUCCAAUGGCCGCAAAAUUGGCCGAAUACUGGAAGCUGGAUGCUUGGGAGGACGAUGCACGUAGACGCAAGCGCUUCGUGCACAAUCCUCUAGGCUCGAGCCACCCCGAGGCUACUCUCAAGGCGGCCCUGGAACACGGCGCACCCGAGGAUGCGAUACUUCAAGCGCGUCAGGAGUUUCACGCGCAUCUCGCGGCCUCGCGUGCACACCAACAGCAAUUGCAGUCGGCGGAUCUUCUGGAUGACAGUGAAUUGCUGUCCGACGACAGGGACCUCGACAACGAUCUGGCAGGUCCGGUGAACAUCAGCACGAAAGGCAAAUUGAUCGCACCCGGUAUCGUGGCGCCCGGUAUCAUAUCAGUUACAUCGACGGAGCUGUACUUCGAGGUGGACGAAGACGACCCGGAGUUUAAGAAAAUCGACUGUGAGCGUGUACCUCCGCAAAGUAUCGCGCCUUAUUUAUAUAAUCUUCGAUAA